GAAGAACAAGAAUCUAGCUCAGUUUUUGCAAAGUAUAACAUGAGCAUCAGUGAGCCAGACAGGACACAAGAACUGACGGAGGAGACUUCAAACCUCAGCUUUAGCUGUCACUCGAAAAUACCGCCAACUCUGACUGUAUAUGAGCGGUACCAGCUUUGUGUGGAUCAACUGCAUCUCAUUAGAGUAAGGCAAAGUCAAUAUAUUGAACCUGGAUGCGUCAUAGAGUCAUCUGCAAAGGAAAGAAAGACAUCAGAAGAAACUGCAGUACAAAAUUCUGAGAUUAAAAAACGUCUACAAAAAGCAGGGAGUAAACGCAUUACAGCUGCAGAGAUCACAAAGGAGAGGAGUUCCAGAGUCAUCAAUAAAAACCAGGACAGAUCUCAGCACAAUAGAAGUAGGGCAACACUUACGAAACAUGGACAGACCAAACAUUGUGACAAUCUGACUGUGAAGGAAACACCUGACGCCAUUUGUGGUGAGAGCGGACCAGUUUGUCAGAGAAACACUCUUAACAGCAACACACAGUUUGGCCUUGAUAGCAACAGAUGUGGUGAAUUAAUAAAAGGAACUGCAGGAGGCAUCACUUCAGCUGAUACUGUUAUUAACACACCCGUGGAGCACCUGAGGACUGCACCUGGUGAUAAUGUUCCCGCUGAGGAGGAGAGCGCUGCACUUACUACUGACACAGGCUUGUUUUCAAAGACAAACAGGCAUAAGCCAGACGUAGAGGGAUGUCAGAGUGGAGUCAGAGGUCAAAAGAAAAACACUGGGGGUCGAGGAGCCUCAAUGAGACUCUGUGAAAAGUCAAGUGUCUCCCUGUCCUCUCCAACCAAUAAAGAACUACUGCAAAGACCUCGGUCAUCAGAAGUAAUCAAACACAGAAAAAAACUCACACCAGAGGAUAAAGUGAAACCUGCUUCAGCCUGUAGGCAUACACACAAAUAUCUGUCACCUACAGAGACAUACACACCUCUUAAAGAUGACUCUGGACCAACAUCACCAGCUUCAGGUGCACGUCGAUGUGAAGAACCUGACAAACACAGCCCAGCAGGUGUCCCUGUGUGUGAGCGCUGGCUGUGUCUUCCUGAUGAGGUGUGGCUGUCCAUCCUGUCUCUGCUGCCUCACAGUGAUCUGAGCAGAGUGCUGCAGGUCUGCAGCCGCCUGCACACACUGGCUACUGAUCACACACUCUGGAGAAAUCUGAGGAUCGAAAACGCCACCCUGACGGAGUGGUGGUUGCUUUGUGUGGGCAGACGUCGUCCUCGCUGUCUGAGUCUGUACAGCUGCAGUGGCCUGUCUCUCACCUCCUGUGGGCUGGAGAUGUUUUUCACUCUGUGUAGAAACUCUCUGGAGGAACUCAAGGUCACAAGUUGCACUGGUCCUGGUCUCCAUGGUGACCAGAUGCUGCCUCUGAUUGGCCAGCUGUGUCAUCAUAUGACCAGCGUGGACGUGAGCUGGAGUGGAGCAACGGACACAGGAGUGAAAGCUCUGAGUGACUGCUGCCCAGGGAUGCAACUAAAAUCUGUUGUCCUAAAUGGCUGUCAGGUCACUGAUGACCCACUGAUGAAGCUCGUCAUGAGACACAAAGAAAGUCUGUGCAGACUGGAGGUGUUUGGCUGUCAGUUCCUCUCUCCAUCUUGUCUGCAGACAGUAUAUGAGAUGUGUCCCGGCCUCCAGCAUCUAAACAUUGGACAGGUGCCAAAAGUUAACGCACACAGUCUCACAGUGAUGACAUCACGGCUAAAAUGUCUCAUUGUGCUAAAUCUCACUGGACUACAGGCAGUUACCGAUGCCAUAGUGGACACUUUGCUUCAGAACUGUGUUGAAAUUCAGAGUGUGACUUUGAGUUGCUGUCCAGGAGUCACUGACCUCACACUGCACAGCAUCAGCAAAUACACACCUUGUAUCAGAUCUCUGGAUGUGAGUGGCUGUAAGGCGGUAACAGAUGCAGGAGUUCAGUCUCUGGCUCUGGGAUGCAGAAGACUUCAGCAGCUCAAUCUCAGCUCCACUGGCACAGGAAACAGAGGGGUUACUCUACUGGCAAAUUACUGCAGCGGGCACCUCCAUACUGUCAAACUCAGUUUCUGCCACAUCACCUCAGAGAGUAUACUGAAGCUCUGCAGACGCUGCAAGAGGUUGAAGGUGCUCCAUCUCUACGGCUGUGCUCAUCUCCCUGCUGAGAGAGAGAUCAGAGAAGUUAACACUACUGUUAAAGUUUAUCCUGUGAAACAUCUGCACACAAAUGGACAGAUAUGCACAAUGUAUCAAAGACCAAAACUUGAAUGAGUAUUGGGAGAUAAUCCUAAAAAGAAUCCAAAUAAAAUCGUAUCAUUUUUACUUGUUUAUUCCCAAUUGGGUUUAAAAUAAGGCUGACUGGGUC